AUGCAAUUUAUUUAUGUUUUGCCUGGUUGGGAAGGCUCUGUUGUUGAUGGUAGAGUGCUUCGAAAUGCAAUAAGUAAGAGGAAUGGAUUGAGAGUUCCCCAUGGUUAUUACUAUCUUGUUGAUGCUGGCUAUACAAAUGGUGAGGGAUUUCUUGUCCCAUAUAGAGGACAACGAUAUCACUUAAAUGAUUGGAGAGAUGGACAACAACCAAGAACCCUAGAAGAGUUCUUUAAUAUGAAACAUUCUUCAGCUAGGAAUGUUAUAGAGAAAUGUUUUGGAUUGCUUAAAAUACGAUGGGCUAUUCUUAGGAGUCCUUCAUUCUUCCCAAUCAAGACACAAAAUCGCAUUAUUAUGGCGUGUUGCCUUCUCCAUAACUUCAUAAGGAGAGUGAUGCCCGUAGACCCAGUAGAAGAGGAAUUGGACAAUGAUGAGCAGUUGGCAGAAGGAAUUAAUGGUGACCCAAUAACACAUAUUGAGACUUCAAAUGAAUGGAGUGCAUGGAGAACCAAUUUGGCAAAUGAAAUGUUUAAUACGUGGAGAAAUAGGAGAGAAAUAUAG